AUGGGUCUACGAGAAUCCACCUUAAUGAGUUCUGCGGAAGCUGAAAAUCAGCCUAAUGGUUGGUAUUACAUUAUCAAAACAAUAAUGUUGGAAGGUCGCAGAGUUCCUAUCCAUAAAGAUCACUAUAAGUUUCGUAAAGAAGUUGGCUCUGGUGCCUUUGGCGCUGUUUAUUCUGCUCGUUGUGUUUCAAAUAAUAAGCCAGUAGCUAUCAAAGUAGUGUCGCUUGCCACGCUGAAUAGUGCAGAAACAGAAGUGCUUAUUAAAUCAGUUCUUACUGAAAUCGAAAUGUCUAAUCGUUUAUCACGAGCAUCCAGACAUGUAGUGCACAUGUAUGAUUUUGACUUUGAUCAACAAACAGGUCUUGCUUUUCUUGUUAUGGAACUUGGUAAACAUAAUUUAGAAGAAGAACUAAAAGCACAAUCUCACCUCUCACAUGAUGCAAGAAAACAAAUAUGGCGACAAUUAGUUAAAAUUGCACUUGUUCUUCAUGAGAACAAUAUUGUACAUCUUGACAUAAAGCCUGAAAAUCUUAUUGUAUUUCCUGAUAAUAGAAUCAAAUUAGUUGAUCUCGGUAUCGCUCAAAAAGCAUAUCGACAUAGGGUUGGAAGUAAUGGUACAUGGUUAUAUUCAGCACCUGAAGUAAGAUUGGCUUCAAGAGAUCAUGUGGCAUUGAACACAUCAAAAUCAGAUGUUUGGUCAUGGGGUGCUGUUCUCUAUCGUAUGACUUAUCACAUACCACCUAGUUAUAAAACGCCCUGCCAUCAUCCACCUAAAAAUCAACAUAAAUCACGAGAUCCUGAUCUUCUCGAUGUACUUCGACAUACACUAGUUCUUGAUCCAAGAAAAAGAGUAGAUCCGUCAUGGCUUGAUGGACAUCCGUAUACGAGAAAACGUUGA